CUUAAUUUCUCUCCCUUCCCAAGCUAGUUCCUUUCUUCUUAUCUUUUUAUCUACAGAUUUUUUUUUAGAUCUUUCUCUUGUUAUUUUCUUCCUUUCUCAUCUUUCUCCCAUUUACUAGAAAGACUCGACAUUAUUUUUUGAAUAUGGAGGGAACAGAUCAGGCUGGUAUCAUAACCAGCAGUGCAGACCGCAUGGUGGGCAUGGAUCAUGCUGAAGUGCGUUAUUUCACAAGUUACGAUCAUCACGGCAUUCAUGAGGAGAUGCUUAAAGAUGAUGUCCGGACUAGAUCAUACCGCGACGCUAUCUACCAAAACCGCCAUAUCUUCAAGGACAAGGUUGUUCUCGAUGUCGGAUGUGGAACCGGUAUCCUAAGCAUGUUCGCUGCUAAGGCUGGUGCCAAGCAUGUUAUUGGCGUGGACAUGUCCUCAAUCAUCGAGAAGGCCAAGCAAAUUGUCGCUUGCAACGGCCUGUCGGAGAAGAUCACUCUUCUCCAAGGAAAGAUGGAGGAGGUUGUUCUUCCUUUCCCUAAGGUUGAUAUCAUCAUCUCCGAGUGGAUGGGUUACUUCCUCCUUUACGAGAGCAUGCUGGACACAGUUCUCUAUGCUCGCGACCGGUACCUUGUUCCCGGUGGCAAGAUCUUCCCCGACAAGGCUACUAUGUACUUGGCUGCCAUUGAAGAUGGCGAGUACAAGGACGACAAGAUUGGAUUCUGGGAUAAUGUGUAUGGUUUUGACUACACCCCCAUGAAGGAGAUUGCCCUGACCGAGCCUCUCGUGGAUACCGUUGAGCUGAAGGCGCUCGUCACCGACCCUUGCCCCAUCAUUACCCUUGAUCUCUACACCGUCACCCCGGCCGAUCUCGCUUUCAAGGUUCCCUUUUCUCUCCCUGCCAAACGCAGCGACUUCAUCCACGCUGUGAUUGCUUGGUUCGACAUCGAGUUCGGUGCCUGCCACAAGCCAAUCACCUUCUCUACUGGUCCUCACGCCAAGUACACACACUGGAAGCAAACUGUCUUCUACUUGCGCGAUGUCCUGACUGUCGAGGAGGAUGAGGUAGUUUCUGGAGUGCUGGAGAACAAGCCCAAUGAUAAGAACAAGCGUGACCUCGACAUCUCCAUCUCCUACAAGUUUGAAACCUCGGAUAAUCUCCGCUACUCCGAGGGUAGCUGUUUCUACAAGAUGUGCUAAAUGGACUUGGAUUACGGCACAUACGGUUAUCCCAAUGCUCUCUUCUGAGUCAACAAUGUUAUGUCGGUAAAAUGCAUUUCGAUUGUGGGCAGCAUAGCAUCGAUGGAAGUUCAAUUGUCUAGAUAUUUGGGUCGUUGAAUGGUCUGAUUCAGCUCUUUUUCUCUUUUCUUAUUCAUCCGGCGUUGUGUUUUUGGAAGGCAGGGGAACGGCAUUAUUGUUCGGCGCGAUACGGAGAGAUGUUUUCCACCAGAGACGAUUAUGAAGCUCCUCGAAUUACCCCCAAGUAGAUACCCCGAGUCGAUGCUCAGUCCUAAUUUCUCCGACGUUCUCCUAGUUGAGUUUAUCUAUCUUCAAAUAAUCAUGUUGUGCAUAGAGGCAUUCGAUUUUCAUCGGAGAAUACCUUUCUUCCCAACUGCUAAAAGGCUUCUUUCGAUUUACUUCUGACCGAGUUAGCCGACUUGCCGGGUCGGAUCUGUAAUCAAAGACCCAAUCAAUCUUGCCUCGGCUUUUCCCCGCACCCACCCUAGCUUAGUAGGUUUAAGUAUAU